AUCUGCCCACGGUCACACUUGCAUUUUAGCUGGAAAAAAAGCUGCAGGAAAAAAUUGGCAAUAAAGAGCAGGAGCAGCCGUAGCAAUGGACCAGGCCGAAGUGGGCAGUGCGUGCCUAGCAGCGCCCAAGCGCCGCUUCCCGGCCACCGCGGGAUGUGGGCGGGAGUCGGCCGCCACGCCCCCGCAGCCUCCGCUGCCGCAAAUUUCGGCCGAGGAGGAGCCGCAGAUGAAACAGCGCAAAAGGGAGGAGGAGGUGGAGGAGGAGGAGCAACUGGACGGCGUCCAGGAUUCAGGGCGCAACCUGCUCGACUUCUGCGACGAGCUGCUCAUCGAGAUCUUCCAGUACCUGGACACAUUUUCCAUCAUGGCGGUGAUGCACUGCUCGCCUCGUUUGGAGAGUCUUCUCUUGGACCACCGCUUCUAUCACAGCAUAGAUCUCAGCAACGGACCGCUGCCCAUGGGCAUUCUCGAGGAGAUUCUCGGUAGAGCCACCGAAAGAACGCACACCAUCAAAAUCUGCGGACCGCCAUCCUCUCAACAUGUAGCCGGCGAAGGCCGCCAGUUUACCCAGACCCUGAGCUCGGUCUUUCCCAAGGUAGCCACCACACUAAAGGUGCUGGAGAUGCAGGGCGUCAGCCUGGACUUCGAAUAUAUACACAUUUCCGAGUUUCCCUCCUCGCUGAAGCGUCUCAAGCUGAACGAUUGUAGCGUCAAGGUGGGCAACAUGGCCAAGAGCAUAUUCCACUCCAUAGAAGUGCAUCUGGUGGACCUAGAGGAUCUCAGCAUCGAGGACAACACCUGGUUCGAGCCCUACUACAUCAUGGGCCUGUCGAAGCUGCCUUCCCUGCGACGUCUCAGUCUCAAGGGCUGCCAGAUGCUCUGCAAGUUUGUGCCCUACGGCAGCAUGGCGGCUCGCUUUGGUUUCCAAAAACUAGAGUCGCUAGACCUACGUUUGACGCCCAUCAACAACCCAGAUCUGCAGUGCUUCAGCGCCAUCGAGAACCUCAAGGAGCUGCUGCUGGAGUCGCCGCCAAACCCGCCCGCCGAACAGACCGCCGCCGAGAAAACCAACAACGGCAGCGCCACCGACGAGGCAGUCUCCCCGAAGCCGGAUUCUGUGAAGGUCCUCAACGACGACGAGCCAUCCACAUCACGCGCCGCCAUGGAGCACCUGCGAGCAUGCAUGCAGGGCAAGGAGGAGGGCAGCGAUAUGUUCAACUCGGACAACUGCAACGAAAGAAAGGAGGAGGAGCCGGCGCCGGUGGAGCAACCUUCGAAUAGCCAAGAACUGGAGGGGAAAAGAAUUCGGGGUCCCUCGGAAUCCGAGGAUGAGGACACCUCCUCCACAUCGGGCACUUCAGCUUCCUCUUCUGACAAGUCAGACGUAGCAUCACCACCCAGAAAUGGCCAUAAUGGCGGUCCACCUGUUCGCUCACCUGUGUUGGUGAUUUCGUUGCCAAGCGUGGUGGCCGAACUUCCACCACGUCCGCCGGCAGCGGAUGCGGACAACGCCGAGGCUCCCGGCCAGGAACCCCGAGCGGAAGCGAGACCCACGCCACGGGCCUACAUCUAUGUGCCCGAAGUGAACGAGAACCGCGAGCGACAGCAGCGGAAUAUGAUGGCCAUAAUUGAGCAGUCGGCGGAGCAGUUUCGCCACCUACGCGGAAAUAAUCCCGCCUUCAGUCGUUUCCUACCGCGACACGAUCAGGUGAUCUACAUGAAUCCCACCAUGAAUGUCCUGUGCUCCAAUCGCCGCCAUCGUUCGCAUCAGCGUCCCAACUACGAGCAGGUGGUGCAGCAUCCGAUGUUUUGGAAUAUGCUCGAUCCACUCGAUCGGGAUCACAAUCGACGACUGCGCCACCGGCCGACAAUUGCAUCACCGACAUCACCUCAAUACUACGUAACCGAUCGGGCGAUGUACAGCUUUGGCAGAGCUCCGAGACCCGUCCAACCGGACGUCGUAUGGAUUCGAAACGUCAACCGCUCGCCGGACAACCGAUUGGAGCGGCUGUCGUUGCGCAACUACCACCUCAUCACAAACAACACGCUGGAGCAUCUGGUCCAGUGUUCCCCCAAUCUGGUCUACAUCGAUGUGAGCGGCACCAGCAUAUCGCUCGAGGGAUUGCGGCGCUUCAAGAGCAGCAAGCCCGAGUGCGAAGUGGUGGCCAAUCACUUGGAGGUGACCACCGAGCCACAGCAGGAAGAGGAGGAGGACGAUGUGUUGGUGGUGCAGCCCAGCGUGGAGAAUCCACAGCAUGACCAGCAGCCACCAAAAUCGCCACCACCACCACCUACAUCUCAGGAACUGGCGGCCCCAUAGAAGAUUAUCCUUUAACUGUACCUAUUCUUUGUAUCAUGUUGUACUGUAAACAUUUUUAUUGUCGAAAUAGGCCGUGCUGGAUUAUGAUUUUUAGCAAGACGACGAUGACGACGACGACAUGGCCAAGCCGAUGAACCCACAACGCUGGCUACAAGCGAGUGCUGUAGCUCAGCCCACACUAGUAUUACGUUCCAAACUAAUCAAGCCCUUGUACUAUACGCCAGGCUCAAUGCAUUGUAUAAACCCAAGAAUCCCAAGACCCCUCAAAAAAACCAAUUCCUCUAGUUAGGCAUUAAAGAACGCGCGAUCACUUUGGUAUAUGUA